AUGACUAGAAUGGAAGAGCUGAGCAGUGAGCAGGAGGAGCUGAGCCUGGAGCUCACCCUCCGCCCAAUGGCGCCGGAGGCCCGCGUCGGCUUCUUCCUCUGCGUGUACUGCAACCGCAAGUUCAUCACCUCGCAGGCGCUCGGCGGCCACCAGAACGCGCAUAAGCACGAGCGCAGCGUCGCCAGACGCUGCCGUCGGCAGACCGCCGCCACUGGGGAGGGUUUACCGGCUGCGACGCAGGACGAGAGUCUGCCCUGGCCCAGGUACGGCACCGUUCUCGUGUCUGCAGCUGGGACGGCUGCUGCUGCUGGCAAGGCGCACAAGCACGGCAGGAGCCGGUCGGAGCACGGCACCGUGGACGACGUCGACUUGUCUCUCCGUCUAUGA